CACCCACUUCCUUUGAUAUCAGCCAGUCAGCUAGUUUGAAAAUCGAACGCGCGAGUGACUGACGUGUGUUGUGGCCUUAAAAAUACACUUUUUUUUUAAUAUGAACUGAAAAUAGUGGCAAAGGCUUUUAAAAUGACAGCCUUAUUGAAAAAUGUGACGAACUGUAUUUGGCACGCCUUUGAUUCCUUGCAAAAUAAUCAGGUGGUGCACAAGUCCAAACUUAAGGUGUUGACUGCCAAUAUAGGCACUCUGCUGGACUUGUACGGCGUGGAGAAGGGCCUGGACCACUACCGCUCGUCCCAGGAGCUGACCUUCGACGAGUUCCGCUACUACCUGCAGCACGAGGUGUUCAGCGCGCUCCCCAAGACCCUCAACCUCCCGGUCGCGAGGGAGUACGAGAAGAAGAUCAGUGAGGUCUGCUGGUUUGUGUGUAAAAAGAAUCUGCUACUGAGAGACAAGCCGGUCUUCAGCGAUGACUCUGUGUUCAAGUUGUUUCGGAUAUUCUGUCUUCUUGCUGACCUGGUGCAAGAUGCAGACGACACUAACCAUUACAUGGUCGUGCUCCAGCCAUCAGAGGCAGGUUUAGUCGCAGAGCAACUGGUCCUCUGCCUGGGUCUCCGUUGGGACGCCGCUGACUGGGAAGCGUUGGGCUCCUCCAUCGGACACUUCAAGUGGGCAGCAUUUCUUGCAGUCCUCGAGGCUAAGUACUGCGGUGACCAGCAGUUACACACUGAAGCCUUAAUAGAAGCCGUGGAUGAGUUAUACGAUGUUUUCAUUGAGGAUAUUAUCAAAAAGGGAUAUCUCUUCAAGCGCGGCUAUCUUCUGCCAACCAUGCGAGAGUAUUGGUGUGUUCUCCAACCAUGCGCCCUAACUUAUUACAAGAGCUCCUCACAAAAGGAGCAGUGUGGAAGAAUUACCAUAGACGAAUACUGUUCUGUCGAAGCAGCACCAGGCGAGGGAAAAAUACAGCGGUUUCAAGUUAUCACCCCUGAAAGAACUUUCGAGUUUGGGACUCAAGACCACAAGAGUCGCCUCCAAUGGCUAUCAGCACUACGUCAAGCAGCAGCCGUAUCGGGGGGUGCAGAAGGUUACCAAAGGAGAGCGCGAGCCGGCAGACGAGGCGCGGGAGCGAGGCGGGAGCAAGAAGUUAGGGACGCGCGAGCGAGGCUGCAACAUGAAGUACGGGCCAGGCUCGCGGCUGAAGCGCAAGCUCAGGAAUUAGCGGAACUAGCACAACAGGACAACAAGAAAUUAGAAGAGCUAAAAACAGCGCAAACUGAAUUAGAACGAUUGCUCCAAGAAGAGACACAAGCGAAACGAGACGAAGAAAUUGUCAGAGCACUACAAGCUAGAGUAUUGGCAGAAGAAUGGGAAAGGCGGGAAGAGUUAGAAAGACUGCAAGAAGAACAGAACAAGAUGUUAGAAGAAGAAAGACUGAAACGGAAACAAUUCGAGAUGCUCCAAGCUGAAAAAGAAGCGCAGUUUAGAGAAGCUGAAAGAAGACUGAAGGAGCUAGAAGAAGAGAAGCAGAGACUAGACGCAGAGUUACGUGCAGCGCAGGAGAAGAUCUCAAAGACAGAGCACAAUGCGCAUGCUCUUCACGUACAGCUUAGAGAUAUGAAUCCAAACCUCCGCAACGGCGAAAGGGCACGCCGUGCCAUUUCCUUCGUGCCCACAACCAAGAGUUCUUCCGACACACUGAUCGAUCUCAGAGCACUAAGACACUUGAAAACCCUUAACGAUGAAGAGAAGCUGUAAAGUACAUACCACUGACAAAUUAUCUAGGGUACUUUUUAGGGUUCCGUACCUCAAAGGAAAAAGAAACCCUUAUAGUCUGUCUGUCUGUCCGUCUGUCAGUGUGUCGUGUCUGUCAAUAAAACCCAUAGGGUACUUCCGUACCCGUUAUUUAUAAAUUUGGCAUGUAGGUAGGCACAAGGAAAAAUUCCGAAAACUGUAUAUCUUCAUAGGCACUGAGGCUAUGAAAUAUAGAAAUAUGAAAUAUAAAAAUAUUAAAUUUUAAACUAAUGAUUUUAUAUUCCUAUCCACUCAGUAAAACAAUAGAUGUGCGUAGCUUCAUCGUAUCUAGAAACUGCCAAAAAACUAUAGCCCUUUUAUCAGUGCAGCAAACCGACGAAAUUACUGCUUUUGAUUCAGAUAGUAUUAGAGAAAUUGUAUUAAUAAAUAAACUUUGUAACAAAUGAAAGCAGCUUUUAUAAAUUGAUAAAAUUUAUUAUAUUAAAUUAAGUAAAUAAAUUACACAAAUAUU